CAUAUAAACGCUCUUCCCCAGGCAGAUUUCACUGCGAAGGACUACCGGGCUGUAAGUUUGAUACCCGGGUUGAGGGGCAGUCGAGGGGACGGCUGAGAAGCCUAGGCGGCUGAAGACCCGCGGGAACCCCCCCGACCUCGUUCAGUCCAAAGGCAGUUUUUGGUUCGGCUUAAAGAGAGGCAGGGUCGGGCUUUUCCUCGAAAGCCGCCGCCCUGCACUUGGCUUCCGAGGACAGACAAAGCACAGAAGAACCUGCACGCUGGGGGCGCUGAGGCCGGCCAUGGUCAUGGAAGUGGGCAUCCUGGACGCCGGAGGCCUGCGGACGCUGCUAGGGGAGCGUGCAGCACAGUGCCUGCUGCUAGACUGCCGCUCCUUCUUCGCGUUCAAUGCCGGCCACAUAGCCGGCUCUGUCAACGUGCGCUUCAGCACCAUCGUGCGGCGCCGGGCCAAGGGCGCCAUGGGCCUGGAACACAUAGUGCCCAACGCCGAGCUGCGCGGCCGCCUGCUGGCCGGCGCCUACCAUGCUGUAGUGCUGCUGGACGAGCGCAGUGCCGCCCUGGACGGCGCCAAGCGCGAUGGCACCCUGGCCCUGGCUGCCGGCGCGCUCUGCCGGGAGGCGCGAGCCGCGCAAGUCUUCUUCCUCAAAGGAGGAUAUGAAGCUUUUUCGGCUUCCUGCCCGGAGCUGUGCAGCAAACAGUCGACCCCCAUGGGGCUCAGCCUUCCCCUGAGUACUAGCGUCCCCGACAGCACAGAAUCUGGCUGCAGUUCCUGCAGCACCCCACUCUAUGAUCAGGGUGGCCCAGUGGAGAUCCUGCCCUUUCUGUACUUGGGCAGUGCCUAUCACGCUUCCCGAAAGGACAUGCUGGAUGCUUUGGGCAUCACUGCCUUGAUCAACGUCUCCGCCAAUUGUCCCAACCAUUUUGAGGGUCACUACCAGUAUAAGAGCAUCCCUGUGGAAGACAACCACAAGGCAGACAUCAGCUCAUGGUUCAAUGAAGCAAUCGACUUCAUAGACUCCAUCAAGAAUGCCGGAGGAAGGGUGUUUGUCCACUGCCAGGCAGGCAUCUCCCGAUCAGCCACCAUCUGCCUUGCUUACCUUAUGAGGACUAACCGAGUCAAGCUGGACGAAGCCUUUGAAUUUGUGAAACAGAGGCGAAGCAUCAUCUCCCCCAACUUCAGCUUCAUGGGCCAGCUGCUGCAGUUUGAGUCCCAGGUGCUGGCUCCACACUGUUCAGCAGAGGCUGGGAGCCCUGCUAUGGCUGUGCUUGACCGGGGCACCUCCACCACGACUGUCUUCAACUUCCCUGUCUCCAUCCCUGUUCACCCCACGAACAGUGCCCUGAGCUACCUUCAGAGCCCCAUCACGACCUCUCCCAGCUGCUGAAAGGCCACGGGAGGUGAAGAUUUUCACAUCCCACCAGAACUCCAGGCUCCUUUUUGAGAGGAGAAAUGCAAUAACUCCAGGGUGGGGGCUCACGAGGGCUGGUCCUUAUUUAUUUAAUUCACCCGAGUUCCACUGGGUUCCUAAGCAGCCAUAAUGAUGACAAGGUGUCAAGACAUUUGCUGAACUCAGCACAUUCGGGACCAAUAUAUAGUGGGUACAUCAAGUCCCUCUGACAAAAUGGGGCAGAAGAGAAAGGACUCAGUGUGUGAGCUGGUUUCUUUUUCUUGCCCCCGUUUUUUGUAGAGUCUCUUCAUGCUUGACAUACCUACCAGUAUUACCAUUCCCAACGACACAUAUACUUAUGUGAUGAGUAUAUACCUUAUUUAUUUUUGUGUAGGUGGUCUGCCUUCACAAAUGUCAUUGUCUACUCCUAGAAGAACCAAAUACCUCAACUUUUGUGUUUUGAGUACUGUAAUAUCCUGUAAAUAUAUCCUAAGCAGAUUUGUUGUCAGCACUGAUAGAAAACACCAGUGUUGGGUUUUUUUUAGUUGUCAACAGUUGUAUGUUUGCUGAUUAUUUAUGACCUGAAAUAAUAUAUUUCUUCUUCGAAGAAGACAUUUUGUUACAUAGGGAUGACUUUUUUAUACAAUGGAAUAAAUUAUGGCAUUUCUAUUGAA